AUGUUGCGUUUCUUGGGCAUACUACGGCCGGGCCAAGGCGCCAGCAGCAGCGCUUGCUGCAACUACACGCUCAACCUCGACAUCUUGGAGCCAAGAGAUACCGCAGGAAUCAUCGGUGCCAUCAGAGUAUCGCUGAGGUCCAUGGGUGAUGGCGAGAUCAGUGUUUCAGCCUAUGACACGGCGUGGGUCGCCCUUGUAAAGAGCAUGGAUGGAGGUGAUGGCCCACAUUUCCCAUCAAGCAUCGACUGGAUCGUCCAGAAUCAGCUAUAUGACGGUUCAUGGGGUGACUGCACCUUCUUUUACGCCCAUGACCGAAUCAUCAACACCCUAGCUUGUGUUAUUGCCUUGGCAUCGUGGGGCAUUCACGCCGAAAAAUGUGAGAAAGGCUUGUCAUUUAUUCGGGAAAACAUGUGGAGGUUGGUCAAGGAGGAUGAGGACUGGAUGCUAGUCGGCUUCGAGAUUGCCCUUCCUUCGCUACUAGAAAUGGCCAAGGAUCUGGAUCUUGACAUCCCUUAUGAUCACCCUGCCCUACAAGAAAUAUAUGACAGAAGAGACCUAAAGCUCAACAAGAUUCCAAAGGAUGUACUGCACUCUAUACCGACAACACUGCUACAUAGCAUAGAGGGCAUGCCCGGUUUAGACUGGAAGAGGCUGCUUAACCUCCGGUUUUCAGAUGGGUCUUUCAUGUCCUCGCCCGCUGCCACAGCGUAUGCCCUGAUGGAAACGGGUGACAGGAAAUGCCUCGAGUUCUUAGGCACCAUCGUGAACAAGUUCAACGGGGGAGCACCCUUUCUCUACCCUGUCGAGAUAUACGAGCGCUUAUGGGCAAUCGACCGGUUGGAACGUUUGGGCAUAUCCUCCUACUUCAGAUGUGAAAUUGACGACUACUUAACCUAUGUUUACAGACACUGGACCGAGGAAGGCCUGGGUUACACGAGGGACUGCGCCGUGAAGGACAUCGAUGACACGGCCAUGGCUUUCCGUCUCCUACGCCUGCAUGGCUACCAUGUCUCUCCUUGCGUGUUCAAGCGUUUCGAGAAGGAGGACGGCGAGUUCGUGGUGUACCCGGGGCAGUCCAACCAGUCGGUGAGCGCCAUGUACAACAUGUACCGCGCCGCCGACCAGGCCGCCUUCCCCGGCGACGACGGCGGCGUCCUCCGGCGGGCCAGGCGCUACUGCCGCGCGUUCCUCCAGGGGAGGCGAGCCUCCGGCCAGCUCAGCGACAAGUGGCUCAUCGCCGAAGGCUUGCCCGGCGAGGUCGCUUACGGCUUGGACUUCCCCUGGAAGGCGAGCUUGCCGCGCGUCGAGACGAGGAUGUAUCUGGAGCAGUACGGUGGCGGUGCCGACGUGUGGAUUGGGAAGGUCCUCUACAGGAUGCACCUCUUUAACAACGACCUGUACCUCAAGAUGGCAAAGGCCGAUUUCAUCAGCUUCCAGAGAUCAUCCCGGGCUGAGUGGCACGGCCUCCAAAGGUGGUGCGACAAGAACAAUCUUGAAAUGUACGGUGUGACUUCAGAGAGGGCAUUGAGAGCCUACUUCCUGGCUGCAGCAAACAUCUUCGAACCGGAGCGAGCAGCGGAGCGCCUGGGAUGGGCGCAAACUGCAGUGCUUGCAGAGGCCGUGACCUCGCACAUCCUGAGCCAUUCUAGUUCUGACAACACAAGGGAAAGGAUCCUAUGCAGACUCGCCAGUGGCAGUCUGAAAAGGGGAGAGAAGGAUUCAACAGCUGAGGAUGGCCUCCUGAAUGCGCUUAAUGAUCUUAUCGACCACCUUACAUCUGGCAAUGCUUCGGACAGUCUCCAGGGAGCUUGGAAGCAGUGGCUGAUGGAAUGGACCGCAGAGAAUGGUUCAUACAAAGGGAACACAGCGUUGCUGUUAGUUCGCUCAGUCGAGAUCUGUUCGGGGAGGCUGGGUUCAACUGAGCAGAAUCAGAAGCUUCCGGAGUAUUCCCAGCUUGAGCAACUCACGUAUUCCAUAUGCAGUAAACUUGGCCAUGGAGUUCAUUCCCAAGUAUGCAGCUUGCAUACAAAGAACGUUGAGAAUUUAGACGGCCAAGUGGAUGAGGAGAUGCAGGAACUAGCUCAGAGUGUUUCUCAGAUCAGCGACCCUAUGAACAGGGUGACCAAGCAAACAUUUCUCCAUGUUGCUAGGAGCUACUGCUACGUCGCUCAUUGUUCGCCUGAAACAAUUGACAGCCACAUCUCCAAGGUCUUAUUCGAGGAGGUCAUUUAG